AUGAAUCACACAGUGAUUACAGAGUUUGUCCUCCUCGGUCUUUCUGAUGAUCCUGACCUUCAGAUCGUAAUUUUUUUCUUUUUAUUUAUCACAUAUAUAUUAAGUAUCACUGGAAACCUGAGUAUCAUUACUCUAACUUUGGUGAACCCUCAUCUACAGACACCUAUGUAUUUCUUUCUCCGAAACUUCUCUUUUUUGGAAAUCUCAUUUACAACUGUAUGUAUCCCUAGAUUUCUUGGAGCAAUUAUCACCAGGGAUAAGACCAUUUCUUAUAACAACUGUGCAGCCCAACUCUUCUUCUUUAUCUUCAUGGGAGUGACUGAAUUUUAUAUCCUAACUGCCAUGUCCUUUGACCGUUAUGUGGCCAUCUGCAAGCCCCUGCAUUACACAACUAUCAUGAGCAGGAAGUUGUGCAUUCUGCUUGUGCUGUGUGCCUGGCUGGGUGGAUUUUUGACCAUUUUCCCACCUCUUAUGCUUCUUCUCCAGCUGGAUUACUGUGCUUCCAAUGUCAUUGAUCACUUUGCAUGUGACUAUUUUCCCCUGUUACAGCUGUCUUACUCAGACACACAGCUCCUAGAGGUAAUUGGUUUCUACUUUGCUUUGGUUACUCUGCUAAUCACUUUGGCAUUAGUCAUUCUAUCUUACAUGUACAUUAUCAGAACUAUUUUGAAAAUUCCAGCUGCCCAUCAGAGAAGAAAGGCUUUCUCCACCUGCUCCUCUCACAUGAUUGUCAUUUCCAUCUCUUAUGGAAGCUGCAUAUUCAUGUAUGCUAAUCCUUCUGCUAAAGAGAAGGCAUCAUUGACUAAAGGAGUAGCUAUUCUCAACACCUCAGUUGCUCCCAUGCUGAAUCCCUUCAUUUACACUCUCAGGAACCAGCAAGUAAAGGAAGCCUUCAAGGAUGUGGUCCACAGAGUAGUGUUUUCUGCGAAUAAAUAA